CUAUCGUCCGUCAGAGUGCUCUAGAGUAGUGAGAAGAGAACGGUUGUCUUGGCGGCUAGCAUGGAUCCCCACAUGACAGCAUUUGCUCACCUCCCUGGUGGAUACCCCCACUACCCCAGCCCAAGGAUGUUCACCACUCCCAGGACAUGGCACCCUCAUAUUUACGAUAACUCACCCAAACAACCUACGCCUCACUCCAUUGUUGACAUUCUUGGCCUUUCUAAGGAGAAGUUGGGCCUGUCCUCCUCGGCAAGGGAAGACCGGGAGCGGCACGGUUGUUCUUCGCCGUCUGGUAGGACGAAACUUUACCUUGGUGAUGGCGAUGGUCCGCACAAAAACCCAGCCGAUCUGUCUUACCACGACGGGGAUAUAAAACACAGAGACCGGGCCCACGAUAGGUGCAGGGAACUGGAGGCUGCCAGGGCCAAUAACAACAACAACAACAAAAUAGAGAAGGCCAACGACAGAUCAUCAGACAGAUUAGAAGAGACAGAUGACAGCAAUGGAGGUGACGAUAGAAACGGCAAAGGAGAGAAACGGAAGAAGUUAGAUGAAGACAAAGAGAAACUAGAAGAUGAUAAAUCCUCGAAGAAGAAAAAGGCGAGAACAACUUUUACUGGCAGACAAAUUUUUGAACUCGAAAAACAAUUUGAACAGAAGAAAUAUCUUUCUUCUACAGAGAGGGCGGAAAUGGCAGCUCUACUCAAUGUUACAGAAACGCAGGUGAAAAUAUGGUUUCAAAAUCGACGAACAAAGUGGAAGAAGCAAGAAAACAUUUCCAAUGCGGAGGCAGCCGAACACAAAUUAAGCCACGAAAAGAAGGGGAAUACUUGUAACCAGAAGUCUAAAUCUCAGAGUCAGAAAACAAAGGAAGGAGAAGAAGGGAGCAGUGGAAAAGAAGCGGAGGACAAAUCCUCCUCUCCCAUUGGCUCAACCACGAAGAGUGAGUCACAUGACACGGAUGGCUACGACAGUUCCAGUGUGUGUAGUAAUGACAGUAAGGAGAGCGUGACUCCAUCCGAGGACAACAAACAGCUAGUUGUGUCCGCCCCGAUUCCCUCAGUGCUACCCACGAUACCCCGACUACAGUGUGAAACAGACAUGAUAAACCUCAGUUCUUCAGAGAAACUAUCCCCAUCACGUUUGGAGUGUUCCUUGGAAGCUCAGCCUUCCGUGGACAGAGACUCCUCUUAUUGCCUCUCUUCUCCUGUCCCCUGUCAGUCCCCCUCUCCCUCGGACAAGGAUCCCACGGGGACCGACGUGGUAAUCUCGACCAAUCAGAACACAGCUGGUGAUGACGUCACUGGUCGACUCGCGCCGCAGCAGCUCCUAUCGUGAAGCGCAGCCCGGCUUUUACUAAAAGCUGGAUUGGUGAUGGCAGUUCGAUUAAAACUCCCUCCAUUUAAUCAUUGUCACGACUAUUUUUCUACAAGCGGCUUACGGUCGGCCGGGGAGUAUCCAUUAUCACUGCUUCAUUUGUUUUGUCAGACAUUGGCUGUUCCGUGCACGACAGGACAGGCGAACAAUUUGUGCAGUGAUAGAGCCAGUCGCACGACAAUGUGUCUUUGGCCUGAAGCGACGAACUAUUCACAGACUUUGCAACCAUGCAGUAUAGGCCUACAUAAAUGUUCGCUGAAUGAUAAUUUAUGUUACCACGGCAUAUGUAGUACUAUUGUUCUAGUCAGUUCAUCUAGCAAUGUGCUAAGGUUUACAAACCUUAUGAAUCUGUAGGGAUCUUUGUGGAAUUACUAAAGUUACUCCCAAUGGGACUUUCGCUUUAAGAACAUUAUGAC